AUGAGUUUACAAGUUAGAAUUAUUGAUAUAGAUAAUACAUCUCAGGAUUACACACAAUACGUCAUCCAGGUUAAAAUUAAUUCACGAGCUCCAGAUAGCAAAGGAACUUUGCAUCUGAUUAGAAGACGAUACAAUGAUUUCUUAAAUCUUGAUACCCAAUUAAAUGAUCAUUAUGAUAAUUAUACCAAACAAUUAAAGAAAAAUUGGUGGGAGGAUGGGAAAAACGUGAAUGUUAUCACUCAAAGAAAACUGCUUUUAAACGUUUUCUUAGAGGACUUGAUUAUUAAAUAUUCAAUACAGGAUGGAACAACCCCGACAUCAAGGUUACCGCUGGAGCUUCAAGAGUUCCUGAACUUGAAACCCAUGAAUAAUCAACCCAUUGAUAUUAUUUCCGAUAAUUCUAGGGGCAACUUGGGAGUUGCUCCGGUUUCCACCAAAAAACUGGAACAUGAUAACACACAAAAUGGAUCAGUGAGGAAUUCCAAUAAGAAUAACGGUUCAUCGCUUGAGAGGGAUUUCAAUAAAAGUUGGGAAGCCAAGUUUAAGGAAAUCCAAAUAGAUUUAAUCUCUGCAAAGAACAAUAUGGAUUUACUGAAAAUAAGGUCAAAGUUGAUGUCACUGGAACAAUCAUCAAAGAGUAAAGGAUACCAAGAUAAUAACUCACAUCACAAUAUGUUAUUGUCGGGCUUACACAAUGAUUUGAAUAUGGCAAUCAAAUCAAUUGAUGGCUCCAAUAAACUUCUUUCAAAUUCAAAUUCAAAUUAUUAUACAUCUUCAAGUAAUUUAAAUUUAAAUUUAAAUUCGUCGGCGAUUUCUACAAAGAGUAAUUUAACUAAGCCGUACGAGUUUGGAGUACAUCAAGUCUUUGAUGAUCAACGAACCAAUAUUCCGGGAUUCACCAAUACAUCCAACACAGUUAGGGAUGCGAACAGCCUGGUGACCAAUAGAGACAACUCCAAUGGUAUGUCUAGAAACAAAACUCCGUCGCCCAAGCAGGGCAGAGUCUUAGGAAAUAGAAGUGUCAUGUUACAAGAAAGGAAGGAUCAAGAUGAAGAAUUGCAACGUUUAGCAUCCACCAUUGUAAGGCAAAAGGAAAUAUCCAUGGCUAUGAACAAAGAAUUGGAACAACAAAACGACCUAUUUGGAACAAUUCUACAGCGACACAGACAUCACUCAGAACAAGCUGAACCAAGCAAGGAACAAAACCUCCAGAUUCCUUGGUAA